AUGACAUUGUCAGCGGUCGAGCAUUGGCUGACGCUCCACAUCCGUUCAUGUUUGAAGAAUAGGUUUCACAUCUCAACGUUGAGAAAAACCGCUUUCGUUAUUGCAUUGAUAUCUUGUGUAGCAUCGGGCCUAAUCACCAUCAUAUCGCUCUACGCCAAGCCCUGGCGUAACCAGAUGCAGUAUAGCGCCCUCCAGAUCAAUCUGAUAUCAAGUGCUACAAACCUGGGUGGGUAUUUGACGCCUCCACUGUUGGGGAUAUUGUCAGAUUCACACGGUCCCGUCAUCUUAAGUUGGUUGGCAGUGGUGGGCUUUGUUCCGAGCUAUGCAUACGCCUCCUACGUGUUUGAACAUGGCGAAACACACUUUACUUUGACGCUUAUAGCAUUUUUCGUCAUCGGAGUAGCCACAAGCGCUCUCUUUUUCAGUGGUCUCUUAACCUGUGCCAAGCUGUACCCAAAAUACAAAGUGCUCUCGAUCAGCUUCCCCACCACUUGUUAUGGGCUAUCCUCAUUGAUCGGAUCGGAAGUCUUGAAAAACUCGUGGUUCUCGCAUGGAUUCGACUAUUUGAACCUCGGACGAGUCUUCAAAACAUUUGCGUGUUUCUAUGCAGUCGUUGGAAGCUUGACCUGGAUCUCCACCAGCAUAGUGGCGAUGUUGAAGCUUCCAGUGGAGCAAGAAGAGCAUGAACCUUUGCUCCCCACGGAAUCGACGUCUUCCGUAAACGACUACAAAGAACGCAUAUGGCGCUUUGCCAAGGACCCCAGCAUGUAUUUGACGCUUUUCACGUUUUUCCUUACGAUUGGCUGCUUAGAGAUGUUCCUCACCAACAUGGGAUCUGUCGCACUACUUACUUCGCCAUAUGAUCCUAACAUUCAGAGCAGUGUGCUGUCGUAUUUCGCUGUCUUCUCGACAUGCACGCGUCUGGUAGUUGGCUUGAUCGCGGAUUAUCUUGCCAGCCGUAACAUCUCUCGGAUUUGGAUUCUCUUUGGAUGUUUGACGAUUGGAUUGGUGGCACAACUUCUUGUUCUAGAUCUCGAAUCGGGCAAAAGCCUGAUCAGCCUGGCUUCGGCUUUAAGCGGGACUGCAUAUGGCGGUCUUUUUACCAUUUUCCCUACGUUGACACUCAGUAUAUGGGGUCCGAUUGUGUUCGGAACGGCGUAUGGGUGUUUCCUGGUUGCACCUGCAAUAGGCUCCACGGUGUUUGGGAUACUUUACGCGCGAGUUUACGAUUCGCAGUGCACGGGUCAAUCGGCAGGAGUACAGUGUGUGAAACCUGCGUUUUCGCUCACAGCCAUUUCAUUUGUCGUGGCGUUAGUAGUCUCCAUCUUCACUUACCUUGGGAUUUGGAGACGCAAAAGCGUAGAAAUCUAA